UGCAGGUGGGCGCUGAGCAAUGGGACCCUCCUGUGCUGGGGGAAGUGUCCCAGAGCACUGGGAGCACUGGGAGCACUGGGAGCACUGUCCCCACUCAUCCCCGUGCCUCAGUUUCCCCCCGCUCGCAGCCCGGGGCGGGGCGGGGGGGCCGCUCUCAGCCCCACCCGCCAUGCCGGGGGUCCCGCUGCCCUUCGUCCUCCUCCUCCUCCUCCUCGCCGGGACCCCCGCCCGCUCCUUCCCGCGGGACCUGGUGGCCCGCAGCACCGUGGGGCUCGCAGCCACGGCCGCCUACCCGCGCUUCGGGGGUCUCCGGGGGGACAACGGCACGGCUCGGCUCGGCCUGGCCUUCCAGCGGAUGCUGCGGCUCAACGGGACGCUGCUCGUGGCUGCCCGGGAUCACAUCUACGCCUUCGACCUGCGGCAGGACCGGGGGUCGCUGUACCCGGAGCGGGUAAGGGGGGCACGGGGACACGGGGGGCACGGGGGACACGGGGCGGGGGUCGCGGUGAAUUUGGGGAGCGGAGAUCCGGAAUGGGGGGAUUGGGGCGGGGGUCCCCGCGUGUCCCCCCCCCAGGACGAGUGUCACAAUUACAUCCGGGUGCUGGUGCCCCGCGACGCCGAGACCCUGCUGGCCUGCGGCACCAACGCCUUCAGCCCCCUGUGCCGCACCUACCAGGUGAGCAGCCUGGCGCAGCAGGGUGACGAGGUCAGCGGCCAGGCGCGGUGCCCCUUUGAUGCCAAGCAGAGCAUCGUGGCCCUCUUUGUCGAUGGCAGCCUGUACUCGGCCACGGUGGCCGAUUUCCAGGCGAGUGACGCCGUGAUCUACCGCAGCCUGAGCCCCGGGCAGGCCCCCCUGCGCACCCUCAAAUACAGCUCCCGCUGGCUGCAGGAACCCCACUUUGUCCAGGUGCUGCCCUACGGCCCCUACGUCUACUUCUUCUUCAGGGAGGUGGCAGUGGAGCUCAGCGCCCUGGGCAAGGUGCUGGUGGCCCGCGUGGCCCGGGUGUGCCGCAAUGACCGCGGCGGGUCCCCGCGGGUGCUGGAGCGCCGCUGGACGUCCUUCCUGAAGGUGCGGCUGCAGUGCUCCGUCCCCGGGGACACCGUCUUCUACUUCGAUGUCCUGGAGGCCGUGACGCCCCCCCAGACCCUGCACGGCCGCCCCGCUGUCCUCGCCCUCUUUGGCACCCAGCCCAACAGCAUCCCCGGCUCGGCCGUGUGCGCCUUCUACCUGGCAGACGUAGAGCGCUCCUUCGAGGGCCCCUUUGCCGAGCCCCGUGGGACCACCUGGGCCCCCGUGCCAGAGGAGAGGGUCCCUCAGCCCAGGCCGGGCUGCUGUGCCGGGAUGGGAGCUGCUGCCGGCGUUGUCACCUCUGGGGACUUCCCUGACGAGACGCUGCUGUUCGCCAAGGAGCACCCGCUGCUGCACGGCGCUGUGGGCCCCGCGGGCGGGCGGCCCCUCUUCACCCACACCGGCACCAGGCUGACCCAGCUGGCCGUGGACACGGGCGCGGGGCCCCGCGGGAACCACACCGUGCUGUUCCUGGGCGCCGAGGACGGGCGGCUGCUGAAGGUCCUGGCAGCUGCACAGAGCCCCGAGGCCACGCAGCCCCCCGGGGGCACCCCGGCACCGGGGGACACCCGAGAGCCGGGGGACAGCGGGGACAGCAGUGGCAAGCCGCUGCUGCUGGAGGAGAUCAGCCUCUACGACCCCGGGCGGUGCCGCAGCCUGCGGGGCUCCGGGGUGCCCAGCCGGGUGCUGGGGCUGGAGCUGCACCUGCCGGGCCGGGAGCUGCUCGUGGCCUUCGCCGGGUGCCUGCUGCGGCUGCCCCUGAGCCGCUGCGCCCGCCACGGCUCCUGCCGGGGGAGCUGCCUGGCUGCCCGAGACCCCUACUGUGUCUGGCUGCCCUCCAGGGGCUGCGUCCCCUUCUCCGAGGACCUUCCGAGUGGCUUCCAGCAGGACGUGGAGGGAUCCCUGGGGAUCAGCGGGACCUGCCAAGGGGCUGCAGAGGAUGAUGAUGAGGAUGGAGACCUGGCCCACGGGGUGCGGCACCCGGGCCCGGGGGCCGAGCCGACGGUGCCGGUGCCGGUGCUGGUGGGCUGCGUGCUGGGCGCCUUCGCCCUGGGAGCCCUGGCCACCGGGCUGGUGGCCACCUGCUGCCAGCGCCCCGCCGUCCCCAAAGCCCCCCCGGAGCCGCCCUGCGCCCCUCGGAGCCCGGCCCAGCCCGCCGUGCCCCGCCUGUACCCCGCGCUGCCGCCCCAGGGAGGGAGCGGCUCCUUUCGGGACCCCCCCGAGCCGCAGCCGGAGCCCCCCGCGCCGCCCCCGGCCUUCGGCCCCCACGACCGGGCCCCGGUGCGCCUGGAUGUGCCCCCCGACAGCCCCCCGGCGCCGCGGCGGCCGCUGGCACCGAGCCGCUCGCUGGGGGGGACCCCCGUGAGCCCCCCCGGGCCGCCGCGGGGCCUCACCCGCAUGCACUCGCUGGGGACACCGGGGGGCACAGCCUGGGGACCCCGGCCCGGCGCCCUGGAGCGCUCGCUGUCCGUGAAGCCCCCCGUGCUCCCCAAGCCGCUGCUGCUGCCCGCGGCCCCCGGGGACCCCGAGCUGUCACCUGCCCCCACGGACCCAGCUCUCUGUCCCCAUGUCACCAGGACAGACAGGGAUCCCCGUGUCCCCACACUGCAGUGACAAGGGCUCCAUGUCUCCCGUCCCCCCGGUUUUGCUUUUUUUUAAUUCUUUCUAAUUUAUUUUCUGUUCGUGGGGGGGAUGGGAGUUGCUGUCACCCCCCCCUCUUUGGGGACACCAGGAAGGGGGACACAUGGCCCAGCCCAUCCUACUGUGUAGGAGCAGGGCUGGGCCGGGGCACUGCAACAGUGGCACAGGAUUUUAAUAAAAAAUACAGAACAAAAAAA